AGGCUCUACGUACAAACACUCAUGGUUGCUCAGAGUUUGUUGUCUCCACGGCAAGUGCAGACGUCCCUUGCAACUCCUUUGCUAGGUGACGAAUACGUUCAAUCGAGCUGGCAUUCCGACCAGCGUUCUGUUGAGGCCAUUCCCUGCGCCGCAGAUGAGAAUGCUACACUUGCGCUGCCAUUCCCAGAUCCUCAUGAGCUGAAUAAGAUACGCUCGAUGGAAAAACAUCUCUUUGAAGUUGGGUGGAGCACACCUCUGAAAGUGCCUCAAGGGAUGAAAGUGAAAUGCGUCAAUUGCGAAUCUUGGUUCUCAGCCUCCGACAAUGCAGUAGAAGCGAAGGCUGCGGACCAGAGCGUUCAUGAUGCAUGUGUCAUUGAAGAUCCCAACUACAAGCACAGCAGACAAGUUUGCUGUCAGUUCCAUCCAGGAGUCUAUCGACGGAGCGGAGUCACUGUAGCCACGGGGGUUAGGACGGGAUGGUCGUGCUGCAGACAGAUCUCGGAGUCUGCGCUGGGAUGCAAAAGGCUUCCCUACCAUACUGAGGACCCUGCCACUACUGCCUUGCUUCUUGCAUUCUCUCAGAACGAGGGUCCGACGUCUGAGGCUAGUGCAGAGCUUGAGCGAAGACUAGUUGAGGCCGAGAAGAAUCUACAAGAAGCCUCGGAGGAGGACUCUAAGAGCAUCUACCCGAGCCUCGAGACUUGCAUGCAGCGGCGGCUUCCUGGAAACGGAGAGUAUGAGAUGGACGAGCACGGGAAUAUUGUUCAUUACGUCCGACCUUCCGACACGAUUCAAGGGCUUUCUCUCAAGUACGGAGUCUCGACACAGAGGAUCAAGGAGGUGAAUGGCGUCCUCGGAUUCUCUAUCGUCCAGUACAGCACUCUGCUCAUCCCGCCGAGCGAAUCGGGAAAGUGCAUCAAGCGGAAGCCCAAGGACGUUCGAUCGUGCGGAACACGGGUCAACAAUGUGCUGGAAACCCUCGAAGCCGCCGAUGCUGAGGGCGUCAAGGAUCGCCUCCUAUCUCAUCUUCAUCGCCGUAUGUGUGCACUAGGCGCAACGUCGCAGGAGGAGGCGAAGGCGUACCUCUCGCUUGCCAACAACGACGUAGAGGUAGCGGUCAAGAUGUACCAGGAGGACCUAGCGUGGGAGAAGCAGGGAGGCAGCGCGACCAAGUUCCCCGGCACCCCGUCGUGCAUCCAGGACAUGACGACGAGGAAGUCGUUCUUCAACAAGCUGAGCUCCAAGCUGAGGAGCAAGCAGAUCUACUGAAGUGAUAGAGACAGCUGUUUAAUUCUUUCUUGUGCUUGUUAAUUCUUUCUUGCGCUUGUUAAUUCUUUCUUGCGCUUGUUAAUUCUUUCUUGUGUUUGUUGUGAGCGGUCUAUGGCAGACGGCUCUUCUGCUUGCUGCUUGUGUUUAUCAAUACACAGCUCACUUGGUGUG